AUCUCACCUCAGUUUCAGAAUAUGUCGCGCCAAUUGAGUUUUAAUCCGCAAAAAGAAUAUGAGUUGAUAGAAUAUCCUGGAAAAGUGGUUAAUCCUGACCGGAUGAUAGCCACUCUUGGCGGCAUUAUCAAUAUUUCAAAGGUCCUAGGCGACGAAGUAAAACGUUUGGCGUUGCACUUCCAUCCUGAGAAUCCCUACAAUAAACCUACUUUUGGAGAUUGCACAGAUAAAACUGGAGUCCUGCUCUCAAUAACUGUGAGGCGUCACAAAAAAGACAAACAACGACCUCCGGAAUAUUUUGUUCGGGUUUUGGGUCACUGCAGCCGAAGUUUUACCUUUGAAACUCUAUGUGAUUUUCAAUACUUACCUCUUUGGCCAACUCCAAAAAGUGAUAAUGCUAAUGCCGCUCAGGAACUUACCUACGCUUUGGAUCAGUUGAAACCCAAGGAUACUUCCGAUUUGGAUUUCUUCAAACGUCGUCAUAAUCAACUUCUAGCCCUUCCUGAAUUGUUUGCCCACGUAGACGUGGUCUAUUCAGGCACCUACCGUCUCGAUGGAACAGAAGAUGGCCAACAGGAAGUGCUGGGUGUACAUUCAAAAUCCUCCUAUGACAACCAAGGUGUCGUUUCCUUCAACAUGGUCGACAGUUUUCCCACGCAAGCAGACUCGCAAAAUCUGAAAAGACUCAAAGUAAAAUACGUUUCCGAUGAGCAGUUGGCCGUGGUCAAGAAACUAUUCGACGACUGUCCAAUUUGGACCAGGAUCGCCCUGCAAUACGAAUCUGGCUUGACCAACGACAAGCUUAAAUGCAUUACACCUUCACUGGCUUUUUACUUCAGCAACGGUCCGUGGCGAACCUUGUACGUACGGUUUGGUUACGAUCCUCGCAAGGAUUUCCAUAGUCGCUACUACCAGACGUUUGACUUCCGGCUGCGUUUUAGCACUGGCCUGUCCGAAUUUGUAUACGCGAAGAAAUUAGUGAAGCAACGAAGGGCAGCGAAUGCUCCUUUUGCGCCAAUCGAAGAUCGCGUCUCCGAUUUAGUUCAGGACAUCGAUUACCCGUACUUCGAUGAGCACAAGCUGCCGCGUUCCCGGCAAUGUAUGCUGCGUUACUGCGACGUUCGCAUGGUGAAGAUCCAGGAAAUGCUUGAGAAGAUUCCCACACCGCUCACCGGUGCAGUGUGCAAUGAGCGAACCGGUUGGCUGCCACCAGGAUUCGAUGCUCAGGUGCGUCAGAUUGUCUGCGCCACCAUCAGCGAACUUUUGCGCAAUCAUUACCGCAAGGAGAACCUCACGGCUGAGGUGGAGGCGGUUACCCAAGCCGACGAUGAGGAGGAGGACGAGCCCGAGGAUGAAGAGACGCAGGAGGAGGACACGGAGUUGGACGAAUCGCAGGCCGCAAAUACUUCGGAACAGUUUGUAGACAAUGAUAUUGAGCAGCUCUUUGAUAACAUAACAAGCUGAUCAGUGAUCAUCACCCAAUUAAAUAAUAAUAAAACA